AUGGAACCCUCCGCCGCCUCUGUUCCUUCCUCCCCUCGACUUUCGCCGGCUCGAAAGACAAAUGCUCCACAUCACCAACGCUCGAUCUCGGACAAUGCUUCUCUGCAGGGCCAUGUGGUGACCAACCGUCAGGGUGCCUUUCCCUUCUCGUUCAUCCGCUCGUUCCAAACGAACCCAUCGUCCACGACUCUCGUACACUCCGUUGCCGAGGGCAAGGCCAUCCCCGUGGAUAAUUCGACCGCUGAGAACCGGACGUCUGCGCUCAGGGAGCUCAACAAUAACUAUCCCAGCCGCCAUCGCUACGAGCGUUCAACAGGUGCGCGAAGCACAACUUACUCCGAACCUGUCAUUGUCCGGAGCUACUACGCACCCCAGAACAAUAAACCGAUAAGCACUUCUCGCAGAGGCGUCGUUGUCCACGGAGGCCUGGGCACGGUUUCGCAGAGUGGGAGAUCCGCCACUGCUCGCGGCCGUAGCAUGCCCUUUGCGAGCUCCGUAGCGACCGCCAGAAACGGAAUGCUUUCCAAACUAGCCCGAGGCGCUGGUGGAAAAGGAAAUGGGUCUAGUCCUGCGGAUGAGACCAAGCUGCCCCCCAUCGAGGCUUUCACCUUUAAAGGUUUCAUGACCAACAUGGACGUGCAGGAGGCUGGGAGUGAUAUCAAUGCUGAUCUUGACCGCAUCGCAGAGAUCUGCGCAAAGUCUAGAUACUCGUUGAGCAAUCAGUACGAAGUGCAUUACCAUCCUCACGGCUCCGGCUCGACGUUUAUGGGCUCGCCGAGCGGCAACGAUGGGCAGGGACCGACGUUGCAAGUGAUCACCUCUGAUGACGACCGAAGUUCGAAACGCUCUCGAAAGAGACGCAACGGAGCCAGGCGGAGCAGUCGGGCCAUGGGCACAUUGGAGACCAUUAUGUCCUCGAGCCGGUCCUCAGACGAGGAUAAGUCUAAGAAGAACAAAUCAGCAGCUGAGCUCGCCCGCGAGGUGCGCGGCAGAGCUAUCGAGCGAGGUUCAGGGCGUGUGUCACCUGUCUCAGCACCGAGCAUCACGACAGGCGACGAACACAGUCCGAUGGCGCCAAAGACCCCACAGGGUAGGAGGUCAGCAUCCCUCGCGCUCAUCGACAGCUCCAUCAAUGUGCAGUCAAACGUUGACACGACAUCACCCCGCAACUCCAACAGCGCGCUGCUCAGCGAACCGGCUCACCCAAAAGCCUCGACGAGCCAUCUGGAGAUUCGCACAGUCCCUGAGAGGGAACAGAACAAGGAGAAUAUUCCUCCGCCCCCGGCGAACACUGUGUCACAAAUCUAUCGAAACUCGACGAAAAGGGCAUCGCUACCGGCUAACCAGCCCGGGACACCCCAGGGCUUCAUCUCCACGUUGACCGGUUGGAUGCCAUGGCGCGCGGGUGAGGCUAAUGUCCCCAAGGCCGCCGGGCGAGCAGAAGGCAGUCUCCGCGAGCUUUUGCGCUCGACGGAUACGAAAGGGAAAGGUGUGCAGAGGGAUGCUAGCUGA